CGAGAUGGCGAGAUGGUUGAAGUCAUACUAGGCAAUAUAUUUUUAUGACUAGAUAUUUGGAGAUACUUCGGUUCUUGACAUCUUAGCAGUCUGUUGGAGUUAUUUCAAGGCGACAGAUUGAACUACGGUUUAAAAGUGAUGUGAAGUAAAAAAGAAUGGAUUGGGAAUCUUUGUUAAGUCAAUACAUAGAAUAUCACUCAAAUAAUGCCAAUGAAACCAAGGAGGUGCUUGUGAGGAAUUCUAAAGAAUUCUUGAGCACUUCUAAACCUGGCUACAGAUUUGAACUGGAAGUGGAAUUUUAUGAUGAUGUAGAGAGAAUUGCUCAGAAAUUUGAUAGUGAUGAAGACUUCUUUAAAAUGAUGAAGGCUGGAAUGAACAGCCUUGAGAAAUAUGGAGUGAACUUGUGGAGGUUCCCCUGGCGUAAAGAGUACCACACUGUUAAGCUUUACACUGCAUUUUUUAAGAAUAUUGAAAAACAACUGAAAGACAAGGAAUUCAUUUUUUCUGUGUUGAAGUUUCUCGGCUACUCAGAAAGAGAUGAACACAAAGUGUAUAUAAAAGAUUCUGGGAGAAGAAAUCCCAUAUGGGCAUCCUUCAACCUCUUUUUACUUCAGGUGGAGUUGCAAAUAAUGGAGGAAAUUCAAAGUCAAAACUCAAGCAGAAAUAUUCCAUUGAAGGAAAUUGUUAGAGCAAGAUCAAAAAGGCGUACCAUGGAAGACGCUAUUCGUUAUCUAGGCCUAAAAUCUUCUAGUAAACAGCCAGAACUUGACGAACGACAGGGAGAUGAUGCAUCAUCUUACAAAUUCACCAUGGGGACGUCCAGUGAUAACAUCAAAGCCAGAGCCAGGCUUCCAGGUGAAUUAGUGUCAGGGGACCAAAUCACCACUAGCAGCUCUAGCGGAUCUUCAGCCAACCUCUCUGUUCUGUCAAAAGCAACCUACAGUGGUGCUGCGAAUGCUAGUAAUCGUUCAAAUGAGCCUACAUUCCGCAACGGAUACGUUCGUACUGCUCAACUACCACAUCACAAAUUAUCACUAGGCGGUGUUGACUCGGUACGGAUUACAGACAACGCUUUGUACGGUGUAAAUCCUGAAGAAAGCCUACCUGAGCACGCAAGUGCAUACAACAGGGAGGUGCGCGACCAGAAUAGUUCUCGAUAUGAUGAUGCCAGCAGGAGUGCCACGUUCAGAGAAAAGACUGGUAAUAGCCAACAUGUUACAACGCCUUCAACAGGUCGCCCACAGUACCCUGCUAACACAAAAGGAGGCCAGCAGCAUGGCGCUCAUUCAAGUCACUACACUUUCAAUCAGCUUGGUUCAUCACACUCUCCUCGUCUCACUAACGGCCAUAAUAAUGGCCAUUCGUUCAAUAGUUCAGCCGAAGCUGGCGCAAGUGUUCAUGACAUAAACACCAGCAGGUAUGUGAACCUCAGAUAUAACGCUGGUUCUGACUGUCAAAGCAUUGGAUGCAGUGGAUCAGAUAAAUCUUUGCCCGCGAAAGAGGGUGAGAGACGCUUUGAAGACAGGUUACCGAUAAUUCAGCAAACUCACAUCUCUCGCUCCGCACAGGGUUUGGUUGGGAUGGAGGGUGACACGCAUGUGAGAUCUUCAAAUCAUCUGUCAAGUAGCGACGAGCCAUCUAACGUUGGUAAAGCUGCAAAAGCUCCUCAGCAGCAGAAAAACAUGUCCACUGGACACAGGAGGCAGGAGCAUAUUCCUAGUGCGGAGGAAGCCGCUAAAUCACGACAAGCACACAGAUCGCAAGUUAAUAUUGAAAGUCCUGUUGCACCUACAGGUGUCUACAAUUUCAGCUCUGGUGCAACUGAGGGGAAGAAUCAUUCACUAGAGAAACUCCCGUCAUCUGUACAGAGAAGAACAAGCAUGGAUUCGACUCGAAAAGAGGAUGGUUCAGCUUGUCAUUCCCCUCCUUUCCAGGUUCAAAAUCUUACUCAAGGUUCAGUGAAAGGUUCUCAAACUGGAGCUGUAUCAGUUGCUCAAACAACAUCGUCUCAUGAGGCUCGUGCAGUUAAGCAAGCCAAACACGUUGGAAACAGUAUAUGUGAGCAUUGCUCGGUACCCGCGUCAUGCAUUUGCCGUCGUUGUUAUCAAUUAGUCUGUGGAAAGUGUACGACAGUCUUUGCUACGGAUCUUUGCACGGUUACUAAAGGAGAGCAUCAAUUUGCGAACCUCACGGCCUCUGAACGAAAGGGUGAACAAGGCAUUGGAAUUAGUGGAGAAGAAUGGUCCUGUCUUCGUUGCACGUAUGUAAAUCCUGCUGAGAACAAAAUCUGUGCCAUGUGUUCCACGACGCGUGGACUUAGUGCUGUGGAGCUGUCAAAGCCGGGCAGCAGAGUUUGUAGGUCGUGUACAUACCACAACAAAGAGAACGCUAAGAAUUGUGGCGCUUGUUUACGUUCUCUAGACUUGCAUUGUCGCGAGACGAUGUGUUAAAACAAUGUGAGGCUCCUCUUUGAUUAGUUUUCCUAAGUUACUACAUUGUUAGUAAGAAAAGGAACGGUUCUUGUGCUCUUCACAACUUUUGAGUAGGAGGGCUAAGAAACUGAAAACGGCUUGAACCCUUUACAUCCUAACUUCAGUAUGCACAUUCUUCAUACUGUUUUCUAUACAUUUCCUGAGGUGCUAACAAGGAGAAUUUGUCUAACAAUUAAGAGCUUCUUUAGUUUAGUUGUUUCCCUUAUUCUCAUGACCUGAAUUUAUUCAGGGCUGAUGUUGUAAGGAGAAAUAAGAUGUUAGUCACUCUAAGGGGUUAAAGGGGUAAAUGAGUGAAAAACUCUAAUGCUUUCUAUUGAGCGAAGGAUGACAGCGAUUACAGUAUAUAGUCAACUUC